AUGGCAGCUCAGAGCUGGCAAGAAGCGCUUGCGAGCGAAACGGACGCCGCCAAGAAGGAGUGGAUGGCGCUCGAGCGUCGCUAUCACUUGCAACGUGUAGAUGAGGACGCUUCAAAGACCGGUGGAAAGUGCGUGCGUCUUUUCCUCAGUCUCUCAGCGCCCGAGCUGCCAACACGACUGAAGGGCCAAGUGGAUCUGCAGCUGACGAUGCCAGCAAACUACCCGAUGGACGCAGUUCAAGUGGAUUUUUCGCAGUGGAGCAGUCGGUUAUCCGGAGAUCAAGUAGAUGCAUUGAAUGCUGCAGUGUAUGCUCGGGCUCAGCAGCUGCGCGGUGGCUUUUCGAUGAGGAAGCUGCUGACGUGGAUGGACAACAACUUUUGGCCGGUCAUUGCACCAUAUGAGAAGAACUCAGAUGGGCUGCAAGACGUAGUGAUAGCAGAAGCUGGUGAUUCGAGCCGUGAGCUGGAGCCGAUGGUGGCUGAAGCAACGGAGAUAGCGCCGAGUGAGAAGAAAGCGAAAGGGAGACGAGGUUCGCGAGCCUGUCGCUUUUUUGCACGAGGCAAGUGCAGAGAAGGCGAGGCAUGCAGAUUCUCACACAAGAAACAGCAGAAACACGUGGAUAAAGGUGCUGACGCGGCUGAAAACUUGUCGCAUGAUCAGGAUGCUAGCCAAGCCUUGCCGAAUGAAGUGCCAAAACAAGAGUCGGAACAAGCUAAGCCAACAAGAAGGGCUCGAGUGCGUCGGUGUAGGUAUUUCGCUCAGAACGGAUGCCGUGAUGGAGAAAGCUGCAAGUUCGUUCAUGAGACGAAAGGUGCUGAAACAGUGCAUAGCGGUCGUACACAGAAGUUGAAAAGCCUGCCUCGGGCUUGUGUAGUUGCUCUGGACGAAGAUGCCACCGUAGCAGAGGAAAUGCACAUAGACGAAGCAGUGGAAAACAACUCGAUAGACCGCAACAAACAAAAUGUCGAGGAUUGUAUCGAAAGCAGCAGCGCGUGGUCGGAAGCACAGCAGCGAGCACUUGAUCUGGCUCUGAAGAAGUACCCGGCAGUUAUGGACAAAAAAGAACGGUGGGUCAGCAUAGCAAAUGAGGUCGAUGGUCGGUCUUUGAACGAAUGCAUUGACCGCUUUAAGGCACUAUGCGAGCUUGUGCGCCGUGGUGUGGAUCCCGUUGCCAUUGCUGAAAAGGUGGACACCAGUGAGGAAAACACAGUGGAGUCAAGUGAAGACGAGAAGAAUGCCCGGAACUCGAGGAUCGUUCCAGCUGACAAACGUGUUUUGAUCUCUACCGCACCUCAAGCGAGGGGCACGCGUAUUUGCCUCGAAGAUCUAUUUCUGCACGAAGUCGGGACCCUCGUUGCACAUGAACUGGUUUGUCAGAUCCAGUGCGGGAACUGUCCGCUGAAGUUCGAUGCAGUCUUACGCUUAGACGCUGCAGAAAUCCAGAAGUGGUGUCCACGGUGCAGUGCGCUUCAUCACGUGCUCAUGAGGCCAGUGUUUGCACAUUCGCUGAGUAACUUGCUGGCCUAUGUAGACACAGAGAACUGCUACAUUGUCGACGUUCUCCCUAGUGAUGUGCUAGCCACUUGCUUGGAGUGUGGGUGUGAGGCGUUGCUGUCGAGAAUAAGACCGCGACAGCGGUCCGAGCAAGCUUGUUUUUCCUGCCACGUCAAACUCGCUGUCAUGACCAAACGCUUUGUUGCAGCGCAGAUCGAAGAGACAUCGGUGAAGCGAAGCAAUGACGUUACCGUAACGAUUGCGAAGGGCAAGAAGGGAGCCAGGCAAAUUGCAGAAGCGUUUGUGCUGGGACAGCCGUUGCCUCGUAAUGGAACGUGUGACCACUACAAGCACUCGCUGCGUUGGUUUCGAUUUCAAUGCUGUGGAAAAGCGUUCCCGUGUGACGUUUGCCACGACUCAAGUGACUGUCCGGAGGCCAAUCUGGGAAAGUUUGCGAGUCGUAUGAUUUGCGGCUUGUGUUCAAAAGAGCAGUCGAGCUCUGUCAAGGUGUGCUCGUGCGGCAAUGACGUGGCUAGUAAGAAGUCGACCUCUUGCCAUUGGGAAGGCGGUGCUGGGUGUCGAGAUGUCUUGAAAAUGUCGCGCUGGGAUCGGCAAAAGUACCGCGGUCAGAACAAGACAGAGAGCAGGAAGCUCAACCGCGUAGGUGCAGAAGCCAAGAGACGUCGAGAGGAGAAUGUGUAG